CAGUUUAUGCGAACAGAGUGAGGCGAGAGGUCGACGCGAUAGUCGUCCUGCUGACGUCAGUCCAACGUGGCUUUUUGUUUUGUAGUACGUGUUCAUUGGGACGGUGAUUUCUUUUUUCGCUCUUUGGAUUGUUUUCGUUACCGAGAUUGUUGAUGGUCGGCUCGUCUCUAUUCCGAAUGAAAGAUCUCCGGAGAGAAUGAUGAGGAGGUUAAAAACUAUCUGCAAAAUUUGAACAUUCCGGUUAAUAUGCACAGUACGGAAAAUGGAGCAGAAUCGGGCGGGGAUCAAUCAGCGACUAAUGUCAGAACGGCAGGCUUGUCGGUCACGGGACCAUCACCGAUGCCAGUUUCAGCCGCGGCAAACAGCGUAUCGGGAUCGGGGACGAAAGAAUGUGCAGGUUGCGGCAAACGAAUCACUGAAAGGUUUCUUCUGAAAGCAUUGGACCUGUUCUGGCACGAGGACUGCUUAAAAUGCGGGUGCUGCGACUGUCGACUGGGAGAAGUCGGAUCGACCCUAUACACAAAAGCGAAUCUUAUACUUUGCAAAAGGGACUACCUUAGGUUAUUCGGCACGACGGGAUACUGCGCGGCGUGCAAUAAAGUCAUCCCCGCAUUCGAAAUGGUUAUGAGGGCGAAAAACAACGUUUAUCAUCUUGAAUGUUUCGCCUGUCAGCAAUGCAAUCACAGGUUUUGCGUAGGAGAUAGAUUCUAUUUAUGUGAGAACAAAAUCUUAUGCGAAUACGACUACGAGGAAAGACUGGUCUUCGCCAAUAUGGCGUACAAUCCUAGUAGUUUAGCGCACAUCAGAAGGCAAGUCAGUAAUUUACAGCCGGCGGGGGGAGAGGCCGUAACGUCCAUUUUACCCGUCGGUGCUAACCCCUCGAGACCAGCCUACCAACCACCACAUCAAUUCCACCAUCAACAACUGUCAUUUUACAGCGCGAAGAUUUUGGACGAGCGACAGCGGCAGCUCACUAGCGCAGCUUGCGUGGGGAUUCUGAAUCCGCAAGGCGCAGCCCCUGGUGGAAGACAUCACGGGGAUGACGGCAGCAGCGGUUACGGUAGUCCCGAUUCCGAAACUCUAGAGACGACGUUGCCGCACUGACCGUCGUUUAAAAAAAGUGACAAUGUACUAUUUUGGAUUUGAUUGUUAUGUCCGCUGUCUUGACCGACGAGACAGAUGAUCUCAAUGAAGCUAGUCAUAUAGUCGAUAUAUUAACAGGUUUUUAAAAAUGCCAUAUUUUUCAAAGUAACGUUACUUUCGUAUUCUGUAUAGGUCUUUUAGUAUACGAUUUUACUGUUUCCAAAAUUCCAAAAAUAUCGAACAUUGUAAUACUUUUGCACGGUGAUUUCCAAAAAUUGAUAAAAUUAUUCACUUUAAUGGGACACAAUUUUUCCGGAGUUUUAUCUAGAAAAGAGAGGAAGAGACCAGAAAUUCUGAUGCCAAGCCGACAGUUAAUUAUUUUUCCUUUACAAAAAGCAGUUCCACAGUCGUAAUGUGAUGACCGUAUAAAGGUAUGCUCCUCAACUGUGACAUUAAUCGUUUCAAAUUCGUCAUGCGUUUCGCGAACAAAACUGGAAUAUCGAUUCGAUUUGAAAUUGUUAUCAUCAACUUGGUUGGAUAUUGACGACGUUUGAAAAAUCCUUGUGUAACUAUAAAACCAUCUUUACGUGAUUCAAAUACGAUGUAAAACUUGUAUAAAAUAAAGAAAAAUUUGGUUCUCGUUUUUGUGAUAUAAUUCGAAAAAAAAUUCCUUCGAUGUCAAAUCUGGAUAACGUAGCUUUUUUAUACAUAUCUAUAUAUGCGCUGUUUUUGUUAAUCUCUUGAGCCUGAUAUAUUUUUAUAUCAAUCGAAGUUUUUUGUUUGUUUCCCUGCUUAGUUUUGAGACCCUAUUUGUUCCUUUCAUUUGUUGGAAGAACAUUAUUUAAUUUGCAAAGCAGCAACAAUAACUUUUUCUUAAAAUAUUUGAAUUUCUAGCAACAAGUAUGCGGCGAUUUCCAUUACCACGUUGUUUUUUCUUAAAUGUUAUUAUUAUUAAUGAUAAAUGUAAAUAGUUAAAAAUAUAAAUAAAUGUUGUAAUUUUUUUGGUUAUACUCGCUUUGUUGUUGUCCCUAACCUACAAACUGCCCUGUUUUUAAUACAUAAAAUGCCUCAUUUUUAAACAAUACACUUGUUGUAUUCAGGUGUCGACCUAUAACAAUAAAGUCAACGUCAGUAGAGGACACAUGAAAACACUUCUCAGAUAAGUUGUCGAACCAUUCUAAAUAUAUGAAAAUAAAUAAUAAUCUAUUCAUAACACGAACAGAACAAUCCUUACGUACUUCGCUAGCACCUUAUCUUACCACAGAAUGCUAUAAGGAUCCUAAGGAAAUAUUCAUACAGAAGUUACCUUGCUUUAAC